AUGACAGACACGCCCGCGCCGCCGUCGACGCAGGCACCACUUCCUAGUCAGACUGUACUUGCUGCGCCAGGGGACGUGGUGGUCAAGAAUGACCCGGUACCAAUUGCCCCGACCGUAGAGCAGGUAGAGGAAGAGCCUUACACAAUCAAGUGUAUUUGCAACUUCUCUGACGAUGACGGAAACACAAUCUACUGCGAGACGUGCGAUACUUGGCAGCACAUUGAUUGCUUCUACCCCGACAAUAGAGAGGAGGCAAUCCGGGAGGACUUUGCCCACUCCUGCGCAGAAUGCAAACCCCGACCCUUAGACCGACAAAAAGCCAUCGAGCGAACCCUUCGGUUACGAAAUGCCAACGCCAUACUGGCAACACAACCCGAGUCCUUGGACAAGAAGGCGAAGCGACCUCCAAGCAAGGGCGCCAAAAGGAAGCCUAAGCCGAACGACUUGCAAAUAAACGGCCACCCCGAAAAUGGCAACAAACUAGGCAGCCCUCCUCCCCCUUCUUCCAAGAAAGCGAAAUCCUCCCACCGUCCUUCACAUUCCAUCAGCUCCCAACCGUCGAAGCGAAGUCCUUCGUACGGCCAAAACUCCCGAGCGAACCCUGCCCAUCCUCCGAGCCCCGCCACAACACCUCCUGACCUUCCCAACGAUUUUCAAAUUCACCACUACUCUGCCGGCUUCUAUACACUCUAUAAUGAACAGGAGGUGCCCGAUACACAUAGCAAUGCUUUUGCGAGCCUUGCCAUUCCCACUGCGCUGUCAAGAUGGCUGCGAGAUCCCGAUGCGAUGAAGCAAGAGGUGGGCAGGACUCGCGCAGAAGUCUUCCAAGACGAACCACCAAAUGUGGACCAGACGAAGCCAAAGCUCAAGGUCAAGGACACAUCUCGAACAGUGGAGCCUGGAACGACCCUUCGAUGGCGCUGUAUCGAAUCAACGGCACCAAUCGAAAAGGAUGUUCCGUUGAUUGAGUUGAAUGGCGAAAUUGGCUUCCAAAAGGACUAUUGCGCGGAUCCUUCAAACUUCUGGGCUGACCUCUCAAGUCCCCUUCCAUUUGUCUUCUUCCACCCUAGCCUGCCGCUGUACAUUGACACAAGAAAAGAAGGCUCUUUGGCGAGAUAUGUGCGAAGAAGCUGCAAACCAAAUGCGCAACUGGAUACUUAUCUGUCUGGUGGCUCAGAUUACCACUUUUGGCUUGUCAGCGACCGGUACAUACCGGCUGCUGAGCAAAUCACACUACCCUGGGAUUUCCGACUUGAGAAGAGUGUGCGCGACAGAUGGCUGCAUUUGCUGGGAUUGAGCGAUGACGAUACUGCAGCGCAAGACGAGCCGGAAUUGGACUCGGCCGAAUAUACAGCAAUCUCCAAUUGGAUCGAUCGGAUGUUAUCCGAAUAUGGAGGCUGUGCCUGCGAUCUCGAGAACAACUGUGCCUUUGCUCGGUUCCACCGGCAAUACCUAUUUGGUAAACAUCAGACCAAGGCAGGGAAGAAGAAGUCGCGAAAGGGCCGCAAUCACACCAUUUCUCCUACAAGCACUGGUCAUGCCACCAACAGUAGGGCAGCUAGUGAAGGCCAUCUUGAUGAGGUAGUUGAUGAAGUCAAGGUUGAAGGCGGGUCGCGUAGCAAACCUCCGAGCCGAGAUCGAACACCAGUCGGUUCCUUUGAUCAACUGGGAAUCUUAACAGAGCCAACUGAUAGGGACAAGAGAAAGGUGGCCAUGGUGGAGGAUUCAUUUCGUCGAAUGGAACAACAGCAACCACCGCGGAAGAAGAAGCGUGUCUCUGAUGGCACAAUUUCAUCGGUAAAGUCAAAGUCGAGGAAUGGCUCAGCCGGCCCGCCUGGACAUUAUGUUGAUGCAGGCACGACUCGAAGCAAGUCCGGAUCACCAGCUAGCGCGAGGUCUCCAAGCGUCGGGUUUCCAAAGAUACCAAGCAAACCCUAUCAGUCUGCCCCAGAGUCUAGGCAGACAUCGACGGGUCCACGUGCGACGUAUUGUGAUGCGGCUGUCCAGACUGAUCCAGUUGAGGGCCAUUGGAUAAGUGAAUCCUGCAAUCCCACCCCGGUGAAGAAGAGGAUCAUCUCACUCUCGAAGCGUCUAAUGGCGAGCCGAUACCGAUGCCGCAUCACCGAUGAGGAACGGAAAAUAGGCUGCCUGGCUGGCCCGCCGUCGACUGUUUCGACCAUGGAUCUGGACUCACCCACUGGAGAGCACCGACCUUCAGUUGCCAGCAAUGGCUCUGAUGUGACUUCGCCAACCUCUCAGACGACUGACACAAACAUGGCUGAAGCCACUCAGGGCUUGGGGUUGAAUGGGACCACGCACACAGAACCCGGGAAGCUGAGGACGCCGGACCUUCGUGUACAACUUCCUCCAGUACCAGCGUUUGACAAUUCGGGACUGGCAGCAUCGGCAUCGGCUACUCCACUAUCGGCCGCAAGUUCGACAGCGAUGUCACCAUUUGGAACUACAAGCGCGUCAAAUCCUUUCGGUAUUGGUUCUAUCAAUGGCGUCACUGCAAACCCUAGUCCAGUCAAGAAGAAAUUGAGCCUCAGUGAUUACAAGAGUCGUCUAAACAAGGCCGCUGGCAAAGUUGCGGGAGGGUCUGCUCUCUUGAAGCCAGGUCUCUCUAGUCCCGAGGAGGUCAAAGGCGAUAUUUCUAUGGAGCCGCAGCCUCUAGAUAAAACCGAUGAGUCGACACCAGUGGUGAACGGAGUCUGA